GCUGAACACUGGAUCUGUGAAAGAGAGCAGAAUCUGGAGGGCAGUGAUCAGGUGGCUUCUUCCAGCUUCUACCCUCCUGGACACUCCAGGUGAACCUGGUUAGUAGGAUCAGGGAACAGUGUAUCUGCCAGAGGCAAACCAGACUCUCCACUGGUUUCAUUGAACUGUGUGAAUCAAGUUGACAGGUUGAGGAUAUUUGGAGUAGAGAUGAAGAUGCUGGUGGCCUUGCUGCUGUUGGGCUGCUCUGUGGCUCAAGGCACCAUUUUGUCAAAAUGUGAGGUUUGGGAUCAGCUGCUUCAGGUCCUGGACGACAACCCCAGAAACAUGCGCUUCUUGGCUUCACUUCUCUGUCAGGCAGAGAAGACAGGAUUUAACACGAGCAGCGUGAUUGUCAGAAGUUCCAAACUGGAGGCUCUCACCAGGGACCGACGAACUAAUUCGGUGCUGCUGCCAGUGGUGACCGUCCGGCCGCCGACCGUCCGGCCCCCGGUGACGACCGUCCGGCCGCCGACCGUCCGGCCCCCGGUGACGACCGUCCGGCCGCCGGUGCCCGUGGCUGGACGUGUUGCCCGGUCUCCAAAUGAAGUCCAGACAUGCUAUGGCAUCUUCGCGCUCUGCAAUACCGUGGCCUGCAGCGAUGGCAAAACUCAGUCCCUCAAUCUGUGUGGACUAGACUGCAGCAAACUGCGGGAUGACGAUAUAAGAGACGAUGCCAGCUGCAUGUGGACGCUUGCCAAGUUUGGGAAAAUGCUGGUUGACGAGAGUUGUACACAUCCCCAGGCCUCCAACUACUUCACUGAAUGCUCAUCUUGAUGGCUUUAGUUCCAGAACCAGACAACUUGAGCUGGAAUAAAGUGAAGCAACUGUUGAUGUGAACUACAUUUGUCAAAUUGACUAAUAAAACUACCUUUUGCAGA